AUGCGGCAGUUUUCGACAGUGGUGCUCUUGAAAGUCUUGCUUGCCGGAUGUGCUGAUGCUAAGGCUGCUGAGGAUUGUGUACAAAAGGUCAGGACGGAUGGACAGUGGCUACUCCAGCAACACAGCCGCCGCGGCCAAUUUCAGAGCGACCUUGGGGUGAAUUCCUUGGCCAACCUCACCCCUUCGGAACUGAUGCCGUGUCCAGGCGCAACCCUGGUGACAUCAUGCAUGAGCCUGGCAGACUAUGAUGCAAUCGUGUCUGCAGUUCGUGGAGCCUUGGAAUCUCUUCCUGCGAUUUGCACUGCCUCGAAUUGCCCACAGGCCGAUUGGGCUGCCUGUGUUCUUCGUAUGGCAGGGCAUGACUUCAUGGACUUUGCUGCUGGACAAGGAGGCUCUGAUGCUUGCACGGAUAUGGCUGACCCAGACAAUGGUGGCUUGCCUGCCUGCCUUGCUACCGGUGAACAUGGCAUUGCUUUGCUUGAUAUCUACCAGCAGUUCUGUGUGGAUGUAUCUUUGGCAGAUUUCCUGGUGAUCGCAGCAGAAGCAGUGAUCCUAUCAACCAGAGCCAGGCAUAUAGCGAGCAACCCGACAGCUCCUCCUUUGAAUCUACGCUCGAGCUUUCGCUUUGGCCGAGUCACAGCCACAUCAUGUGAUUUUGCCGCAGGUCGAUUGCCCAACCCAGAGCGUGGCUGCCAAGCAGUUGAAGAUACCUUCGUCAAUGCUCUUGGUUUGUCAUGGACAGAAGCAGCAGCAUUAAUGGGAGUCCACACCCUAGGCCGUGCAGAUGUCAGCAAUUCGGGAUACCACGGAUGGUGGAGUGAUCCAGAGAACUCCAGGCAAUUCAACAACAAUUAUUACGUCUCACUGCUUGCAAAAGGUUGGAUUCCGGAAUUGGCUGUCGGCGGAAAUUCUGGUAAGAACCAAUGGGAGCGUAGUGACAUUGGCCGCGACACCACCUUUGAUGGACACGAAAUGAUGUUGAACACAGACCUUUGCCUGGCAUACAGUGAAAAUGGACCAGUCAUAGCAACAGAGCACGACUGCUGUGCUUGGUUGACUUCUGAUACCAUUGCGGAUGCAGUAGCAAACAACGGCGGAGAGUACUGUGGUGGCAACCCUGGACGAGGUGAAAGAGGACAGUGCUGUGGAAAUCAAAAUAAUGACUGCGGGAAUCGAAACAAUCCCAGUGGUCCUGCAGCAGAUGCAAUUCUCCGUUUCGCAGCUGAUGAAGCAGCGUGGCUGGAGAGUUUUACUCGCGCAUGGCUCAUUGCCACGGAGAAUGGCCAUGCUGAGCUGCGCCCACUUGGAAGCUGCACCACCGUGGAGACAACAGAAAUUUCAAGCACAGAGACAUCGACAACGACUGCAACAACGACUACGUCCACGACUACAACCACGACCACAUCUGUCACUACGGCUGUCACAACCACUACUGCACCAGCCACAACCGCCACAACCGCCACAAGUGCCACAAGUUCAUUUGUGAGUACAACCAGCACGACCACGCCCGUUGCAACAACAUCUACAACCACUGAGACUACCACAACUACGCUCGGGACCACUGUGACAAGUACGACAACCACAACUGGUCUCCAGCUGUUGCGUGGUUUCACUCUGGUUGAUGGCAUUGACAGAGCAUGCGAAGGUGAUGGUGACACGGCCGUUGUUGCCGCCGCAAAUGCCGCAGAGUGCCAGGAGAAGUGCCGCGACAUGGACGGUUGCCGCGGAGUCUCAUUUGCAGCUGCCCGCUGCGAGCUUUGGGCGGACAGGAUUCAGGAGACUGUGCCGCAAGCUGGUUCACUUUGCUUGCGUUUCCGUCGUCGCAGAGGCAAAGGUGGCAGAGAUUCAUAG